AUGAUAUUAAGAUUCAGAUCUAAUGCUGGUCAAUUCAGAUUAACUGUUAAUGACAGUGAUUUAUUUGAUAUUGUUAUAUUAGAAUUAAAUAAAAAAAUACCAAAUACUGAUAUAUAUAUUAAAUAUAAAAAUCAAUUACAACCAAUAAAUCAAUUACAAGGACAACAUAUUUCAAAUUUAUUUAAGAAUGGAGAUUUAAUACAUUUAGAUUAUAAAGCCACGAAAAAAGAACAAGAACAAGAACAAGAGCAAGAACCUAAAUCAUUAGAAUUACCUAUUGAUCAAGAAUUAAAUAAUAAUGAAGGUUUAAUUAAACGUUCAAAAUCAAAUAUGUGUAGACAUGGUGAUAAAGGAAUGUGUGAUUAUUGUUCUCCAUUACCUCCAUGGGAUGAAGAUUAUAGAAAAGAACACUCAUUAAAACAUAUAAAUUUCCAUUCUUAUGUUAAACAACAAUUGGCAAAAAGUCAUAAUGGAUCAUCAUAUAUUGCACCAUUACAGAAUCCCAAUUUUAAAAUUAAUUUAAAUUGUAAUGAAGGUCAUAAACCGUAUCCAAAGGGAAUAUGUUCAAAAUGUCAACCUUCAGCAAUUACUUUACAAUUACAAAAAUUUAGAAUGGUUGAUCAUGUUGAGUUUUCAGAUUCUUCAAUUUUAAAUGAUUUUAUAAAUAUUUGGAGAAAUACUGGUGUACAAAGAUUUGGCUAUUUAUAUGGUAGAUAUGAAAAAUUUGAAAAAAUUCCAUUGGGAAUUAAAGCUGUUGUUGAAGCUAUUUAUGAACCUCCACAACAUGAUGAAGUUGAUGGUAUUACUUUAUUACAAGAUAUAAAUCAAAUAGAUGAAAUUGCGAAAAAACUUGGAUUAUAUAAAGUUGGUAUAACUUUUACUGAUUUAACAGAUGCUGGCGAUGGUAAAGUUAUUUGUAAAAGACAUAAAGAUUCAUAUUUUUUAACUAAUUUAGAAAUUUUAAUGGCAUCAAAAUUUCAAAUAAAAUAUCCAAAUAAAACUAAAUGGUCAAAUGAUGGUGAAUUUUCUUCUAAAUUUGUUACUUGUGUUAUUUCUGGUGGAUUACGAGGUGAAAUUGAACCAAGAUCAUAUCAAGUUUCUACAUCUGGUGAAGCUUUAGUUAAAGCUGAUCUAAUAUCUGGUUGUACUCAACCAUCACAAAUUUAUAUUAAUAAAAGUAAUGACACAAGAUAUGUACCUGAUAUAAAAUACUCAAAAAUAAAUGAAUAUGGAUUAGAAGUUAAAUAUGAUGCAAAACCUUCAUUUCCAGUUGAAUUUUUAUUAGUUUCAUUAUCAGAUUCAUUUCCAUUACAACCAAACCCAAUGUUUACAAAACAUUAUCCAAUUGAAAAUAGAGAAUUAUUUGAAGAAUUACAAAAUAUGAAAAGUUUACAUACAUUUAUACAAGAUGAUAACUUAUUCAAUUUUCAUUUUUUAAUACAUUUAAGUAAAUUAAACAUUCUUAAUGAAGAUGAAUUUACAUUACUUACUAAUUAUAUAACCACAAAAACACAAGACGAUUAUCAUAAAUUAGUUCAAUCCAAUGGAUGGAUGACAUUACUUACCAUAAUUGAACAAAGUAUAUAA